UUAAAUAGAAAUUAAUCCUGUAAAUUUCCAACAUUGCCUUUGCUACACAUAAAAGUUUCAGCCUGAAUCCUUGACAACUUUAGGCCCGGCACUGAAUACUAAGUUUGCCGGUUGCGGGUUGAGCAUAGAAAACUGCUAUUGAAAAUUAUUAAUCAAUAGACAACUCAUUUUUUCUCGAACAAAAGUCAAAGUUUACCAUUUUUAAUGUUUGAUGUACUUUAAGAAUACAUUUAUCAAAUUUGAAACCCAACCCCAGGAGAAUACACUAUGGAUUUUAAGUGCUAUAGUAUGCGAGAAGAUUACAAUAUCCGUUUUGGCAAUCGUAUGUCCGGAAUAACCUUAUUUGUGAAUGCUAAGAGAAGUAGCAAUACAUUUGUACCAGAGCUUGCAAGCUGGAAAGCCAUUAAAUAUUCUGGAGUUGGCAUAGCAGUAAUCCCAAAGAAAUCAAGCGUUUACUCUGCAGUGCAAGCAGGUGUUAAGCUCUUGUCCCCUGAUUCAAACAAUGAUGUUAUGAUUACCAAAACUGUUAUAGAUCGAACAGCCCAAAAACAAGGAUUGAUUAUGAAAAAUAAGAAUGGUUGUGUGGAUGAAGAAAAUGAGAGUUUCCACAUGGAUUUAGUAAGUCCAUAUAGUGAGCACUACUCUGCGGAUCAAUGUUUUCUUCACAACAAGCAGUUAUCAUACAGCAGUGUUUUAAACUGCACGAUUCCCAUCCUCCCACAACCCAAUGGAGUUCCCAAGGAAAACUGUACACCACUAGAAUACAUUAAAUACUACGAUCUACAGAUAUACAGAAACAAGAGCAGAACAACUGAUAGAACAUGCCUGUUAGAUUGUAUAGAAGAGAAAUUUAGGGUUGAGAUAUCAUCAUCUGUUAUUACACCGGAAAUAACAAAGUUAGUAAACAGUGUGGUUCAGCGUAAUGUAACAUUGGUCAUGUUAACACUAUUUGUUGAGGGAAUGGAUCACACUGUAAUUAAGUUUAAUGGACAGAGCCUAGAUGAUGUUUUGUCUGAAGUUGGAGGUGUUCUGGGAUUUUGGUUUGGAGGUUCAAUCAUAACUUUUAUAGAAUUUCUCUUUGCUUUUACUGGAUUCUUAUAUUUGGUGAUUGGACAACUUGUUGGCUGCUGAUCAUCUUAAAGAGGAGUUGAACAUUUAAACAUCAAAAACUAUUGUAAACACCUUUGAAUAAAUAACUGUCACUAUUGGAAUUAAAUAUAUAUACUUUGAAAGAA